AUGAUACCACCUAUGAUUAUCUUUAAAGGUAAACGCGAAAAGCCAGAGUUCGCUGAUAAUUUAUUACCAGGAAGCACAAUAAGCAUGGCACCAAAAGGCUUCAUGACUACUGAGCUUUUUAUAAAAUUCUUGAAUCACUUUGCUUCUUUCAAACCUGCUGGAAAGAUUCUGCUUGUUUUCGAUGGUGCUGCCUCUCACCUUGAUUACACAAUUGUGGAAGCCGCUGACAAACACGAUAUUGUACUGUAUUGUUUAUCAUCCAAUACUACCCAUGAAUUACAACCACUUGACAAAUCAGUUUAUAGAUCUUUUGAGCAUCAUUGGAACCAGGAAUUUCUAAAAUAUCAAGAUAAACAUCCAGAUAGAAAAUUCAACAAAACGAGCUUAAUAUAG